AUGUGGGACUUCUCAACCCUCCGAUUUGUUUCCAGGUUCUGUAUCAGACGAGCCUCUACGAACAAAAGUGAUAGCCAAGAGGAAACUGCGCGAAAACGAAAUCUACCCCCUCCUGCCGCCAUUGUGCUGUGCUGGGACGCGCGCGAUGCAACUGUUCUUUGCCCAUUUUGCGAUAAAACGCACAAACAUGCCUUUACUCACUUCAAGAAGGAUAACAGGGGAAGAAUAAUUCAGGAUGACUGCGGGCGGUAUGUUUACGAUGGCCCAUCUGCCACCCAGCGUGAUUACAGACGUCCACUUUGCGACCAAAUGCAUGCUGGCCUAAAUUUACAAUACGUGAUAUUAUUUCCAUUCGAGUAUGACAGAGUCAAGGGGCUAUCGUAUGAAAUUGAACAAAGGCUUGAUGCUGACGGGAGAGUGCAAGUGGAACGAUUUCGAACCGUUAGUAUGAGAAGGACAAUUUCAAAUGCUCUUGAGGCAUUUGAAAGCUGCUCAUUAGACGAGGCUCCUGAAGAGCGCGAAAUAAUAAAUCUGCAGUCGUUAUCUCUAGACACUGGUGAUUAUGAGGUCACCACUAGACUCAACAGAAAUGGAGAAGAUAUAGCGGAUACUCAGCGUGCUUCAGAAUUGGUAACAGCGGCGGCUUGUUCUGGAGAUUUAGAUGGCUUGAAACGAGUCCUAGACAAUUCACCUGAUAGAAAUGGGCUCCUCCAGCUCAAGGACCAGGAUGGUCGCUCCUUGUUAAGUCUGGCGGCGUCAAAUGGACACCAUGAGGUUGCGGAAUACCUUCUAGAAGCUGGAUCUGAUAUCAACGUGAUGGACGACAAAGGACGAACGCCUCUGAUGGAAGCUGCUCUUUGGGGAUAUCCCAGAAUUGUGGGCAUGCUACUCCAGGCUGGCUCAGACAAACGUUUGACGGACCAGCGUGGAAUGAUGGCGAUCAAUUUGGCAGAAGAAUCUGAGAGAAAUGAUUUUGAAAGACACAAACGAAGUGCAAACUACUCGGAAAAUCCUUUCCUUAAGAAGAAGGACAGGACAUUGAUUCGAGGAUUAUUGAAAACCCAACCACCGAGGCGCAUCAGUGCACCACUCCGCCCUUGCACUCUCCAACACGCAUACUUCUAUAGAUCUUAUGAAGCCGGAACAAUAUCUCUCGUCACGCCUCUGAGGGGUAUGCAUAUAUCUGCUCCGUGGAAAACCGCAGCCAUUCUCUUCCGUGGCGACGCGUUUCCACCCAUAGCCGCUUUAAGCGGCCACACAGACCUCCUAGGCACAGAGUUCAGCUCGCCAGAAGACGGUUUCAAGAUGUUGAACCAAGGUCAUUGGGCAUAUGAAAGCCUUCGAAUGGCUGCCGAGGAUAUUGAUGUUCCCUUUGAACCGCAUGCCAACGACGGCAAGGAUGGCCCAAUGGGCAUUUACAAUGCGUGUCAUGCGGAGGCUCAGCUAAUGUGUUUUUUUGUAAAGAAAAACUACCUCUUCCGCGAUUAUGCCAAGGGGGAAAUCAAUGUGGUUGAUGACUUUCUGCAGCUGUUCAUGUUGCAGCAGCAGCAGAAAAAGCUUCGUGCUGAAAUUUUUGUGAGCAAUGCCCCAUGCCGGUCUUGCAUAAACCUGAAGAAUCGCAUAUUUGAACGGUUGAAGAUCGAAUUUAUCUUUAAGACGCUACCAGUGAGGCAAUCGGAUUCAUGA